UAUAUGUGUACAUAUAUACAUGUGAAUGAAUGUAAAAUAUAUGUAUUUAUAGCGAUAACGGUACAUUGAGAGUUUGAAUUGCGGCUCAAAAUUAAGGGAUUCACUUUUGAAUGUUUCAAACUUUGCGCUAAAAUUUUUGCGAAUGAUGUGUUGUUUAGUGGAUCUUUCUCCACAUACUAAAUUUAGGUCUCGUCGGAAUUUCCUUGAUUUUUGCCUUUUACGGAUUAAUCAACAUACAUCGCGCUCUUCUCGUAAUGUAAUUCGUAUUUCCUUUUUUUUUUUUUUUUGCCUUUUUGUUUAUCAUUGAUGAUUUUAGCAGCUAAUUUUAUGCAUAGAAGAGUAUCUUAUUCACCAAUCUUUAAUUUGAUUGUAAUCUUUCACAAGCAUAUAUAUUCUAUGUGUGUGUGUGAUUUGUUUUCCAUGUUUUGAUGAUCUACAAUGAUUAUAACAGGUUACUCCAUUCAAAAAAAAUAUAUAUAUAUAUAUAUUUCCAAAAUUAAGGCAGUGGAAAACAGACUGAAUCAACUAUAUAAAAGGGAGGUUUAGGAUACCAGAAGGAGAAGAUGAAUAAUUCGGUGUCGGACCAGAGUUUUUACAUUGAGAGCGAAGAUGAAGAUCAGGAGAAUGAAUUUAACAAAGGUGAAGAUGAUGGGAAUGAUUCGGAUUCUUCCAAUUAUUCAAAUGAAAACGGGCAGCAGAGCAAAACCGGUUCUCUCAACACCACCACAUGGCCUCAAAGUUACAGGCAGUCAAUUGAUCUGUAUAGUAGUGUGCCAUCUCCAAGUAUACAAUUUCUUGGCACUAGUUCAUUAUCAAGAUUAAGCAGUUCAUUUCUUUCCUCAUCACUGACAAGGCGACACACUCCUGAGAUUCUACCUUCUGAGUCUAAACCUCUGUUGUCAACACCAGAAGAUGAGCGACAACCGAAACAAAGACGUAGUUCACAUUCUCUGCUUCCUCCUAUUCCAUCAAGGAAGUCUUCUGUGAGGAAAUCAGUCAAGAUUUCACAUGAAAUUCCAGUUUGUCAACAGAGCUCAUACGGCCAAGCUGUGCUAAAUGGCAUGAAUGUUCUAUGUGGUGUGGGAAUCCUUUCUACUCCUUAUGCUGUCAAAGAAGGUGGAUGGGCUGGGAUCUCGAUAUUGAUUAUUUUUGCAGUGCUUUCUUUCUACACUGGGCUCCUCUUGCGUUCCUGCUUGGAUAGCCAACCUGGGCUCGAGACUUACCCAGACAUUGGCCAGGCGGCAUUUGGUACUACGGGGCGUUUUGCCAUCUCAAUAAUUUUAUAUGCGGAAUUAUAUGCUUGUUGUGUCGAAUAUAUUAUUUUGGAGAGUGAUAACCUAUCGUCAUUAUUUCCAAAUGCGCAUUUAAAUUUGGGAGGAUUCGUAUUGAAUUCACACCAUUUGUUUGCAUUGUUGGCCACCCUUGCUAUUCUUCCUACGGUUUGGCUCCGAGACCUCAGUUUGCUUAGUUACAUCUCUGCUGGUGGAGUCAUUGCCUCAAUAUUGGUAGUCCUUUGCUUGUUUUGGGUUGGCUUGGUGGACAAAGUUGGCUUUGAGAGCGAAGGGAGGACAACCCUGAACCUCACAACCCUUCCUGUUGCUCUCGGUCUCUAUGGUUAUUGCUACUCGGGACACGCUGUCUUUCCCAAUAUCUAUACAUCAAUGGAGAAACCAAGCCAAUUCCCUUCAGUCCUCUUGGCUAGUUUUGGUAUCUGUACUUUGAUGUAUGCUGGAGUAGCUGUGAUGGGAUACUUGAUGUUCGGAGACUCAACGCUGUCUCAAUUCACUCUUAACAUGCCCCAAGAUUUGGUUGUAUCCAAAAUUGCUGUGUGGACUACGGUAGUUAAUCCAUUUACCAAGUAUGCAUUAACCAUGAUGCCAGUGGCAAUGAGUUUGGAGGAAUUGAUACCUUCAAACAAUCGUAAAUCUCGCAUGUAUGCGAUCCUCAUCAGAACUGCAUUGGUGAUUUCUACUGUGGUUGUGGGUCUUUCCAUCCCCUUCUUUGGUCUGGUGAUGGCCCUGAUUGGAUCUUUACUUACAAUGCUAGUAACCUUGAUACUUCCUUGUGCCUGUUAUUUGAGCAUCUUGAGGGGGAAAAUAACUUGCUUUCAGAUAUCGCUUUGUACGUUGGUUAUCACUGUAGGUGUCAUAUCGUCAAUCAUCGGAUCGUAUUCAGCCCUCGCUAAAAUCAUUGGGCAAUUGAGGUGAUAUUUUUCCGAAAUAGUUUGGAAGUGAGAUUUUUUUGGAUUAUCUACAUUUUUUUUUGGGUUCCCCUAGUGGAUGGUUAUGUAGACUUGGUGCUGCAAUUUUCUAUCUUGUGUUUCAUGUAUUUUUUGAUACCAAUGUUGAGUCACCUUAAAUUUUGUGCCUCACCUCUCUGGUCUUUCUUUUUUGUACUCUACAUCUACUGAAUGUUGGAUAUUGAUUCAUUUUGAGUUUAGCUUUUUAUUUGUUGA